AUGGCCCUCAGAACCCCCCACCCACGAUCUAGCUCAGACACCCCCACCCCCACCCAGGUCUCCGAGGCCGAGGAAUUCCUUCUAAAUUUGCUGCAGCGACCCCAGGCCUCAGUGGGGCUGGAGUUGGGCAGCCGAGUGACCAUCUCCAGCGCGCAGGGGACCCCGCCCCCCGCCCCGGGGAACAGCAGGCCGCUGUCCUGCUUCGUGGCUCCCGACUCCGGCCGCCUGCCAUCCAUCCCCGAGAACAGGAACCUGACGGAGCUGGUGGUGGCCGUGACCGACGAGAACAUCGUGGGAGUGUUCGCCGCGCUCCUGGCGGAGCGAAGGGUCUUGCUCACCGCCAGCAAGCUCAGCACCCUGACGUCGUGCGUUCACGCGUCCUGCGCCCUCCUGUACCCCAUGCGCUGGGAGCACGUGCUGAUCCCCACGCUGCCCCCGCACCUGCUGGACUACUGCUGCGCGCCCAUGCCCUACCUCAUUGGAGUGCACGCCAGUCUCGCCGAGAGCGUGCGAGAUAAAGCCCUGGAGGACGUCGUGGUGCUGAACGUGGACUCCAACACUCUGGAGACCCCCUUCGACGACGUGCAGGCGCUGCCCCCCGACGUGGUAUCCCUCCUGAAACUGCGGCUAAGGAAGGUCGCGCUGGCCCCCGGGGAAGGGGUGUCCCGUCUCUUCCUCAAAGCCCAGGCCCUGCUCUUCGGGGGGUACCGCGACGCGCUCGUCUGCAGCCCGGGCCACCCGGUGACGUUCAGCGAGGAGGCCUUCCUGGCCCAGAAACCUGGGGCACCUCUGCAGGCCUUCCACCGACGGGCUGUGCACCUGCAGCUCUUCAAGCAGUUCAUUGAGGCCCGACUGGAGAAGCUGAACACGGGGGAGGGCUUCUCAGAUCAGUUCGAGGAGGAGAUCACCUGCUGCGGAGCCUCUUCAGGUAUCCUUCGCUCCUAUCAGCUCUGGGCAGACAACCUAAAGAAAGGUGGUGGUGCCCUCCUGCAUUCAGUCAAGGCCAAAACCCAACCAGCCGUCAGGAACAUGUACCGCUCGGCCAGGAGCGGCUUGAAGGGAAUGCAAAGCCGGCUGAUGUACAAGGAUGGAGUCUCUGGCCUCCAGAGGGGAGGCUCCCUGAGGGCCCUAACCCUCACCAGCCGCUCUGAUCACCUGCAGCAGCGCCUCCCGAUCAUUCAACACUUUGGCCAGAAUCGACCCCUUCGCCCCGGUAGGCGACCACGGCCAGAAGAGGGACCUUCUGAGCCCCCAGGGGAGGGGACACCUCCUCUGAGCCCCAAGGACACCCAGAACCCGUGGGCAGAAGAAACACUUGACAGCAGCUUCUUGGGGUCUGGGGAAGAGCUGGAUUUGUUGAGUGAGAUUCUGGACAGUCUGAGUGUAGGAGCCAAGAGCUCAGGCAACCUGAGACCAAGCCAGAGCUUAGACUGCUGUCACAGAGAGGACCUGGACAGCUGCUUCAGCCUGCCCAACAUACCAGAAAGAGCAAGAUGGCAACCAGAUGGCGAGAACCUGCCAGAACCCCAGCCCCUGUCCCUGCCUGGAGACCUGCAGUCCCUGCGUGCCACAAGCUCCUCUGAGAACCUCAGUUCCCAGCUUGCCGACCAAGAAGUCAUCUCUUCACCCCAGUUCUCAACAGCUUCUGCAGUCCCAAGCAGCCAAGGGGACCUGGAAUCCUGUCUUCCUUCAGCUCCCCUAAUCCUUCAUUCCUCCCCUCCCCACAAGACAGCAGAAGGUUCUAGAGCCGGGGAGAGCCCCAGUUCCAGGCUCUCCACAGCACCCACCCAGCCCAGACCUCCAGAAAGCCCCCAAAUCCUGGCCCCCACGAAGCCCAACUUUGAUACUGCCUGGACCUCCCAGCCCCUUGAUUCUUCCUCCGACCUCAGUUCUCCAGAAAACACCAGAACCCAGCCUCCCAAGGUCCUCGCAGUCAGGCAAGCUCAUCUCCAGUUGCUUGAGGAGCCGGGAACCCCCAACUCCCCUGCUGCACCCCCUAGCCACCAGCAAGAGGCCCAGGCCAGGAGCCGGCCCAGAGUGGCUGAUCUUAAGAAGUGCUUUGAGAGUUAA